AUGCUGAUAUCGACCAUCCAGACAUCAAUGGUUGAAAGAACUACGUUGAUCGCCUUGUGUAGGAUUUACACGCGCGAAGCGACCAUGUUGCUAAAAGGAGUCAAUUUAAAUCUUCGUACUCAGUCGCACUUUGAAGCAAAACGAUACGAGUAUCUUACAAUAAAUGAGCCUCGUGGAAAACGCAUGGCACUAAGGCUGGAACUAUGA